CUUAAGAACAUUCAGAAAAUGACAAUGACACUGGUAGAGAGCACUUUUUUCACAGAGAGGUUUCCAAAAAACACAUUCUAUUGAUACCCAUACCUAACUCCGAUCGGUGCAUACCCCAAUCUUUCCUAUACCUCUCCCUAUUUUUUUUAUUCCUAGACUAAGCACUGGUUUCUUAAAAACAAUGAAGAAAGAAUAGUAUCCUCUAACGAGUAGGUACAGCGGAGAAAAGUUUGUGCUAUCCCACACUGAAGAUACUCUUAUGUAUCCUUUCAUUGGCUGCACCUGCUGACGUGUACAUAUGCCAGGAGGUAGCCAUUCGUAGUCGUCCUCACCAUCCCAUUCCUCAUAAUCUAUAAAACAGGCCAAGAGAAGAAAAAUUCACAAGCUCUCUCACAAAUCAGUCCUGAGAUCCCAAGAUAACACCGCACCAUGAAUGCCUUUCCCACCCGACGACUCUUCCUCCUCCUGAGUACUCUCUUCCUUCUCUCCUAUCUCCCAACACCAUCUUCUUCUUCUUCUGGACCUCUGUCCACAUCAUCAUCUGUAGUUCUCUGCAACAAAGACGACUACGCAGCACUUAUGAAGAUCAAGGCAGCAUUUCACAAUGCAUCUUACUUCGCCUCGUGGAUCCCCAACACCGAUUGCUGCAACUGGACCUCCGUCAAGUGCGGUGACAACUCCAACAGUACAAAUCGCAUCACCAGCCUCUACAUCGCCAGUGCAGCUUUCAUCUUCGGCCAUAUCCCUGUUGACGUGGGCGACCUCCCAUACCUCGAAAGCCUCGUUUUAAUAGAAAACCUCAAAGUCACCGGAACCAUUCCUUCCACCAUUACAAAGCUCAAGUUCCUCGGCAAUCUCGCACUCUCCCAUAACAACCUUUCUGGUCCAAUUCCUUCUUUCCUCAGCCAACUCCCCAACCUCCAUAGCCUCGAUCUCAGCACCAACCAGUUCUCUGGUUCGAUCCCCUCCUCCCUCUCCGACCUCCCCAAAUUAAAACAGAUCAUCCUCAACAGCAAUAGUCUCACCGGAGUAAUCCCGGAAUCAUUCGGGAAAUUCCAAAGUCGACAGUCUUUCUGGCUCGACCUCUCUAACAACCAACUCUCCGGUGAAAUCCCGAAAUCGUUUGGGGACAUUGAUUUCUUCGAGAUCGACUUAUCUGGGAACAAGUUUGUAGGGGAUGCGUCGAUGUUGUUCAAGGCAAAUGGGUCGACUGAGAUGAUUGAGCUAUCGAUGAACCAGAUGUUGGAGUAUAAUCUAUCCAAUGUGGAGAUCGGGAAAAACCUUAUGUACUUGCGCAUUUCGCACAACAAGAUCUUUGGAAGCAUACCAGAAGCUGUAACGAGAAUGAGCAAUUGGCAGUACUUUGACGUGAGUUAUAAUCUUUUAUGUGGGAAGAUCCCCCAAGGUGGAAAUCUUCAACAAUUCGAUUCAUCCUCCUUUUACCCUAACAAGUGCCUCUGUGGUGCACCGCUUGCUGCUUGCAAGUAA